GUUCUAAUAUAUGAUGCUGAGUAUGGAGACCAUACGAAGGUUUUUACCGAACGCCUUAAAUUUUAUCUUCUCAAGUGCAAUAUCAUUGUCAAACAGUUUGACGAUUGUAAUGACGAUGAAAAGGAUUCUCUUUGUAUCAUUGCAGUUGUACGACACACUUCCCCACGCAUUGAAGAAUGCUUAAAUGAAACAAAAAUAAAUUUAAAUAAAGACAAUGUCACAGACCUUCAAAGAGUUAUAGUCACUUACUUUUACAUGUACGGACCAGACGAAGACACGUCAUAUAAAAUCGAAACCAUUUCUAAAUCUGGAAUGUUCAACUUUGGAAAAAUUUUGAUGAUGGACUUCUCGGGCAAAAGCUUUCUGAAAGGUUUUGUUGAAAGGUUUACAAACAGGAAAUUUCCAGAUGAUGUAAAAGAGAUAAAUACAAAUGCUAUAAAAGAAAUCAAAACGUUUGUAGAGUCAAGAAAAAUCAAGGAAUGGACUGUCGACGUCUACUCCGAAGCGAAUUUGCCACUUGUCGAAAGAUUCGUUAAGGAACUAGGGCUAAACAUUUCAAGCUUAAUUCAUUUACAAGAACCACAACAAAUAAAUUCUGAAAAGCUGAUCAGUAAAAAUAUCAUCUCACCGACUUUGAUUUUCGCAACUGGGCAUGUAAAUGGCUUUCAGGAAAAUCUCGUUGAAAAAGACGCAAAAAGAGUUAUCAACAUCAUUGGUUUUGAAAAAACAGCUAUGGGACCUGCUGACCUAAAGAAAGAUAUUCCAAAUGCUACGGGGAAAUCAUCUACGAUUCCAGAGCGGAAAAGUCCCCCUUUAUCUAUUGAAGUCGAAAAAGAAGACAACGCCACACACCAAACACACCAAAAUAUGAUUGAGCAUGAACAGCAAAAUGUGGAAAAUUGGGAAGUGUUUCAUAAAAAUGGAAAGUUUUAUGUUGAAUUGGAAUUUGUUAAAAGAUUUGAAAGCUUUGUUCGCAAAAACAAUUCAUAACUAUUUUUUCUUAGAAAUCACAUUCAAGUGCAGAAAACCUCUUUUGUAUUUGAUGAUUUCAAAUAGAGCACAUAAAUGUGGUACGUGAUUCUAUCUAAUUGUUUUGGCGUCAAAGAUUUAUGUAUUUUAUUAUUUAGUAUAAUAUACAUAAAUGUCUUCAAUUUAAUGAUAAAUGUUUUUAUCAAAUAAUACAAUACUUUCAUGUUUAAGUUAUUGCCCUGACACUAUCCAUAGCCCGUGAUUAACUGUUUUCUCUCAAAUUUCAAAUUAAUUUUCACCAUUUUCAUGUCUAAAUAUUCAAGUCUAUUUCAGUCGGCGCUAGGAUGCAUGGAUGGCAGCUUGCACCUUCCGAUAUUGUCCACGAACAUGAUCAGUCAAAAUAAGUCUACAAAUGUUUACUUGUGUCGUUUUGGGCGUUCUUAAGGGAUUCUCCUUUUCUCUGUGUUUGAUUUAAUUUUCCCAUUAUAUUUUAUUUUCUGCAUGGCUGCUGAUUACAGCUCUGUAUAGAAUGCUCUUAAACUGAAAGCUCAUUUAAAUUGGCAAUGAAACUUAUUUGACUCUAUAAAGCACGUUAUAAAUUAGCAGGAGCAUCCAUUUCUCACCCUUCACAGAGAAUAGAUAAAUAGUUCCCGAUUGACCAUAAAUUCUUAAUAUUAUGUAGAAAGAAUCUACAAUAUGAAAUGAUUGAAAUAAAUGCCCAACGGUUUCUUUGUUUUUAUUAUA